CCGAAGCAUCGUACGGUUACAACUGGAACUGUACCACUUCGCAGACUCGAAGAAAAAGGCAUUUCAAACCUCCUUCAUCCGGAGACACUUUGUUUUCGAUUGAUAGUGGAACCGAGAGAACGAUAAUUAGUGCUUGCCCUUCGAUCAAAACGAAGAUAAUUUCGUGCAGAAAUUCCCUUGAAAUUGAGGAGAAUAGAAACCGGAAGAAUCUUCAACUUACGAAUAAAAAUUAUUUUAAUCCCAACGUUUUUUUAUCGUCGUUCAAUCUCAAACAAUUAUCUCUCGUAAUGGAUGUAAAAUUCAGUUUGUUGAGCCUUCUCUUCGUCAUAUGCGUACUGGUCGAAAGAACCACUGCCGGUCCAUACUUUGAAGACGAGGAUGGUGGGAAUGGGCUCGCCUUAGACUCGGAUUAUUCGGACAAUGCACUUGAGAAUCUGAUGCGUGCCGCAGAACAAAAACGUUCCCCAUUGAUAUAUGUGUUUAGGCGUGGAUGCAUCAGACGCGACGGAAAUUGCGAUCACAGGCCGAACGACUGUUGCUACAGUUCCUCCUGUCGUUGCAACCUCUGGGGAUCGAACUGCCGUUGUCAACGAAUGGGACUUUUCCAGAAAUGGGGAUAAGCGACUCGCAGCCAAGUUCACGGAGAGGGGCGAGAAAUUGGGAGAAAACUAGAGAACGAAAGAGUAAAAGGGAGAGAGAAAGAGAGAGAAAGAAACGUGUGCGUGUGUGAUUCCCAAAGAAAUACAACCAAAUUUUUCAUCCCGUAAAAGUAAAUCGAUAAAAAUUAGCAUGUAAAACCCGAAACUUUGUUGAAGAUCACGAAAGAAGUUUUGACGCUGCGCUUACCAACUUCGAUUUCUCUCCAUCAUAUUUGUAUAAACGAUUUUUUACAUAAAAAUUGAUUUCUGCGAUUUAUAAUUACGUUGCUUUAGCUUGUCCCUGUUCAAAGAUUUUUUUUUUAUUUCGCCAGUGUAUUCAGUCACCCUCAUUACGCAAGGAAUGUCAAUUUUUUAAGGGUUCCCUGCGUCUAAGGAUUUCUUUUAGGUGUUCUUGAUUUUUACCAAGAUCCGCGACCCUUUGACUCUCAAAUAAUCGUAGCACUAUCGCAGUUGCGUACUCACAAAAUGUAGAAAAAUUUAUUAGCCAAAAUAUCUCAAAUAUCAAGUAUUUUUCAAUCAAUUAACCUGAUCAUGGCAAUUAGACGAGAAAUUUCAUACCAAGCUGAUACCAGAUUUUAUAAAAAAUAGUCUUCUCUACUUCUACCUAUACAAAUAGUGCAUGAUUCAUUUCCUUUUUUAGUGUCAGAUCCUUACUAGAGACGAAUGUUCGUUUCAAACGUCAUAAGAUGCAGUUCUUAUUUCUUAUAAUGCUCUCUGAUUCGGUUACCCGCCCAAUUUUUAGAAUUUUUCUUUCGCGUUAAUCGAAAACCAAAUAGCAUACGAGAAAUCUCGAAUAUUCAGUUCAAUAAAGUCGUUCAUUAAAUCCUCGAUAUUUAUCAUGAACGAGAGACAGUUUCGAAAAACAACGUGUAUGUAAUUAUCGAAAGUGAAGUUGAUGCAUGAAAAAAGACAUUGCGAUGAUACGACUGAAAUUGCUGUCCGAUUGGGGAUUAACCAGCCACAUCUGUCAAUCGGACAGUCAUUUCUCUCAAGAGAUGCAUGUCCAUCGCUGUUGUUCGUAAAAAAAUGUGCACAAUAUAUAUUCAAACUAAUCGUGCAAUCGAGCGAGAUUCAAUUAAUACCUGAAAAUUGAUUAUAUUACAAUAGAAAUACCAUUGGACUUACGGAGAAAGAGGAGCUGAGAGAAAACCAUAAUUGUACGAGGAAGGCUAAAGCUAACUAAGAUUAAUUAACUAGAGAAAAAUAAAACUGUGAGGAAAGAAAAUGAUUAUGUAUGUCCAUUCGUGGGGCCCGAAUUACUGAUUCGUCGAUGCGGCCUAACGGAACCGCAACGAUACACGAAAAUUGACACUAGAAACAGAAUCGAGCCACGGAUUUCAAAAAUAAACUUAUUAUUCGAGUAAAUAGUCAACUGUAAUAGAACAAAACGGUUACGAUAAAUAUAUAAAAGCUUGGAGCACAAUGUCAACAAUGAAAAAGAUCAAUGAAAUCGAGACCUCUUGAUAGGAAGUAUAGAUGUAUACUAUUACUAUAAGCACAUAAAAUGGCAAAGGAUAAAUAAACAGAAAAAUCUAUAUUGUGUAUUAUUAUCAUUAUCAUUAUUAUUAAACGAUUAUUAAUAUUAUAUAAAUGUUAUACAUAAAUGUAUGUGAUAUCCGGACAAUGGAUGUACACGUAUGAAAAAGUCUUCUGGACAAACUGAAGAAAAAAUAACUAAAAUAUAUAUGAAACGUAUUUGAACUGGCUAAGCAAA